UUAUUUUCUUUGAAAAAAACCAGCAUUUGUAAUUUUUUACAACACCAAAAUCCUCAAAAGAAAAAGUAAAAGAAAACAGGACAUCAAGCAAGAGCAACAAUGGCAACAGCUUCUCUCUCCUCAAUAUCUUCCCUCAUUCUCACUCCAUUACAUCCUCAACAAAAACUGACUUAUCCCACUUACAUUUCUACAAAAUACCCACAAUUAAUCCGGUGUAAAAUAGCCUCUUCUCCUUCUCGCAGUUCAAAAUCAUCAUUUGAACCAAAAAACAAGAAGAGAAUUUGGAAAGAAGGUGAAUUUCCUGCACUUUCUGAAAAUUCAAUUCCUGGGUUUCCUAAAACAAGAACUCAAAUUAAGAAUAUCAAGAAGAAGCUUGAUCGCAAGGCUAAAGCUAAAGCUUGGGUUAAUACUGUCACUGAGUCUCUUUCUGACCUUAUCUUCAAGAAACAAUGGCUUCAAGCUCUUGAGGUGUUUGAGAUGCUGAGAAAACAAUCUUUCUAUCACCCAAAAGAAGGAACUUAUAUGAAACUACUUGUGCUGCUUGGAAAAUCAGGACAACCUCGCCGAGCCCAUGAACUUUUCGAUACUAUGAUUGAAGAAGGGCUUGAACCUACAUCUGAGCUGUAUACUGCCUUGAUGGCUGCUUAUUGCCGUAGCAACUUGAUUGACAAGGCGUUUUCGAUUCUUGCUAAAAUGAAGGGGCUUCCGCUGUGUCAGCCUGAUGUGUUUACAUACAGUACUUUGAUCAAGACUUGUAUUGAUGCUGCUCGGUUUGAUUUGGUUGAGUCCCUAUAUAAAGAGAUGGAUGAGCGAGGAAUCAUUCCGAACACAGUUACUCAGAACAUUGUACUCAGUGGAUAUGGUAAGGCUGGGAAAUUCGACCAAAUGGAGAAGAUUUUGUCUGAGAUGCUUCAGAGUCCCACUUGCAAACCCGAUGUGUGGACUAUGAACACAAUUAUAGCCUUGUUUGGAAAUAAUGGUCAUAUUGAAAUGAUGGAGAGGUGGUAUGAGAAGUUCCGGGAUUUCGGGAUUGAGCCGGAAACUAGGACUUUUAACAUCCUAAUUGGUGCUUAUGGGAAGAAACGUAUGUAUGAUAAAAUGUCUACGGUGAUGGAAUACAUGCGCAAGCUUGAAUUCCCUUGGACUACUUCCACUUACAAUAAUGUAAUCGAGGCAUUUUCUGAUGUGGGUGAUAUGAAAAACAUGGAAUUCACUUUCAAUCAGAUGCGUACUGAGGGCAUGAGAGCAGACACUAAGACCAUUUGUUGUCUUGUUAAGGGAUAUGCAAAUGCGGGUGUCUUCCAUAAAGUUGUGAGUACUGCUCAGCUGGCUGGGAGAUUGGAGAUACCAGAGAACACUUCUUUUUUCAAUUCUGUUCUUUUUGCAUGUGCAAAGGCCGAAGAUUUGAUGGAAAUGGAGAGAGUUUAUAGGAGGAUGAAGGAGAAACAAUGCCAGCCAAAUGACACUACUUUUGAUACCAUGAUAGAGGCUUAUAGGAAAGUAGGUAUGAAUGACAAGAUAUAUGACUUGGAGCAGGAACGAGAGAAGACGAUCAUUACCAUUCCUGGAGAGGAGUUGAGUGAACUGAUGGACCCUGUUAGUGAUGUCUGAUUGGGGGAUGAUCUAAUGUGAUUGCUGCUCCUUUUUAUAGAACUGGUGCAAUUUCUUGGUUUUGAAUCCUGCAUUCUGUUCAAUCCUUUCUAAGUACAGUAAAGGAUUCCUGCUGCAGUCAUCCUGUUUCAAUGGCCAACAAAAAUCUUUUAUAGAACUGCAUCAACCGCAGAAAUACAGGAGGUCCUUCAAUCACUCGAAAAGCGUGUAGGAUAGGGAACACAUGGAAGUAGCCAACGCAUACUCUUCUACAAAUUAGUAUUCUUGUUGGUGUAUCUUCUUCCACUAAAGAGCGGAGAUGAGAUACUUUGUUAAAAUGACAAAUUUACAUUGGAAAAUAUGUAAGAUAACAGAGUUGAUAGGAAAUUUUUUACAAUUUCAAGUGAAAUGCUGUAAUAUAGGUAAACCUCUUUUAAUGGA